GGAAAAGCGGGGGAAAAGAGGGAGAAGAGCAGGGAGAGAGGUGGGCGAGGACGAGGGCGAGGGCACGGCCGGGCUCCUGGCCGGCCAAAGGAGGCUCGCGGAAGCAGCAGCCGCCGCCCGACCGCAGCUGGAUUUUGAAGAUCGAUCCAGGGGACUGUAUUAAUUUCAGGAAUUGAUUUGAAAGACACAGGCUCUGCCACUUAACAGCCAUGUAACCUUGGCUAUGGAAGAAAGCAGUAGUGUCGCCAUGUUGGUGCCAGAUAUCGGGAAACAGGAAGCUAUGUUGACUGCCAAAACUGUCAUCAGUUCAUCACUGGAAAUUGAUGAAAAAAGAAAAACUAAAACAGAUCCAUUAAUCCAUGUUAUUCAGAAGUUAAGCAAGAUAGUGGAACAUGAAAAGUCACAAAAAUGUCUUUUAAUUGGCAAAAAACGGUCACGUUCAAGUGCUGCAACACACUCUCUUGAAAGUCAAGAAUCUGGUGAGAUUCCAGCUAAAGUAACCCAGUCACCUGCUGCUGAUAAUAGAAGGGCUGAGAUGUCACAAAUACAUUUUACCCCUGACUCUCUUGCCCAGAACGAUGGGAAGGCUAUGUCUUACCAGUGUAGCCUUUGUAAGUUUCUGUCAUCAUCUUUUUCUGUGUUAAAAGAUCAUAUCAAGCAACACGGUCAGCAGAAUGAAGUGAUAUUAAUGUGCGCAGAGUGCCAUAUUACAUCUAAAAGCCAAGAGGAACUUGAAGCUCAUGUGGUAAAUGACCACGAAAACGAUGCCAACAGUCACACUCAAUCCAAAGCCCAACAGUGCGUAAGCCCCACCAACUCUUUGUGUCAGGGAACCUCAGGAAGAAAUAAUGAAACCAUUCCUGACAUCCCAGUAAGUGUGGACGGCCCACAGACUCAUACCAUCCAAACGGCGUCUGUGGCAGAAAUGGGUAGGAGGAAGUGGUAUGCCUACGAACAGUAUGGCAUGUAUCGAUGCUUGUUUUGUAGUUACACUUGUGGCCAGCAGAGAAUGUUGAAAACACAUGCUUGGAAACAUGCUGGGGAGGUUGAUUGCUCCUAUCCAAUCUUUGAAAAUGAAAAUGAACCCCUAGGCUUGCUGGAUUCUUCAGUGGCCGCUGCACCUGGUGGGGUCCACGCAGUAGUCAUUGCAAUUGGAGACAAUGAACUGAGUAUCCAUAACGGGCCAUCAGUACAAGUGCAGAUUUGCAGCUCAGAACCAUUAUCAUCUUCGUCUCCUUUAGAACAGAGCGUGGAAGGGGGCGUUCAUCUAAGUCAGUCAGUUACCCUCGACCCUAACGAGGAAGAAAUGCUGGAGGUGAUUUCGGAUGCAGAGGAGAAUGUGGUUGCUGAUAGCUUACUUUCAUCAGCACAGAAAAUCAUUAGCAGUAGCCCAAAUAAAAAAGGUCAUGUUAAUGUGAUAGUGGAGCGUCUGCCAAGUGCUGAAGAGACUCUUUCGCAGAAACAUUUCCUCAUGAAUGCUGAAAUUGAAGAGGGGAAAAACCUGAGCCAGACAGAAGCCAAGAUUGGAUGUGAAGGAAGAGAUGAAGUCUAUCAUGCUGAUAAAUGUACUGUCGAUAUUGGGGGGCUGAUCAUAGGCUGGAGCAAUACAGAGAAGAAAGACAGCGAGUUAAUAAAUAAAGGACUGGCUACUGAUGAGAAUGCCCCACCAGGCCGAAGAAGGACAAAUUCUGAGUCUCUCAGACUACACUCAUUAGCUGCAGAAGCCCUGGUCACCAUGCCUAUAAGAGCUGCAGAGCUAACACGAGCCAACCUUGGGCACUACGGGAAUAUAAAGCUUUUAGAUCCAGACACUGGACAAAGGCAAGUAGAUGGUACGUUGGCAGCAUAUUCUAAAAUGAUGUCACCACUUAAAAACUCUUCAGAGGGAUUGACUAGUUUCAACCAGAGCAACUCUACCUUAGUAGCACUCCCAGAGGGUAGGCAGGAAUUGUCAGACGGGCAAGUUAAGACAGGCAUCAGCAUGUCCUUACUCACCGUGAUUGAAAAAUUAAGGGAAAGGACAGACCAAAACGCUUCCGAUGAUGACAUUUUGAAAGAGUUGCAGGAUAAUGCCCAGUGCCAACCCAACAGUGAUACAAGUUUGUCAGGAAGCAACGUCGUGGAGUACAUCCCAAACGCUGACCGGCCCUACCGCUGCCGCCUGUGUCACUACACCAGCGGAAACAAGGGCUACAUCAAGCAGCACUUGCGAGUCCAUCGACAGAGACAGCCCUAUCAGUGUCCUAUCUGUGAGCACAUAGCUGACAAUAGCAAAGACCUGGAGAGCCACAUGAUCAACCACUGUAAAACAAGAAUAUACCAGUGCAAGCAGUGUGAAGAAUCCUUCCAUUAUAAGAGUCAACUGAGGAACCAUGAGAGAGAGCAACACAGUCUUCCAGAUACCUUGUCAAUAGCAACUUCUAAUGAGUCAAGAAUUUCCAGUGAUAAAACUGAUGGAAAAUGUGUUCAGGAAGGGAAUAAGUCUUCGGUCCAGAAACAGUAUAGAUGUGAUGUAUGUGAUUAUACAAGUACAACGUACGUUGGUGUCAGAAACCACAGACGAAUCCAUAACUCUGAUAAGCCUUAUAGGGGCUGUGUUAGACUCUUAGACUGUAGUCCCAAUAAAAAGGUAUCAUCCCAUCCUGACGGUGGCCCAGAUUUCACAGAGGACAAAAAGAAAAAAGAAAAAAUAUGCUCUUUGUGUGGGUAUGUAUGCAGCCAUCCUCCUUCUUUGAAGUCUCAUAUGUGGAAGCAUGCCAGUGACCAAAAUUAUAACUAUGAACAAGUAAACAAGGCUAUUAACGAUGCAAUUUCACAAAGUGGCAGAGUUCAGGGGAAAUCCUCCGGAAAGACUGUAUUAAACAGCAGUGAAGAAAGAGCCGAUUCUCUCACUGGAAGUUCAGAAAAUUUGGUGUCAUCCUCAGAGCUGAUUUCCCAGGCUCCCAGUGAAGUCGUAGGUACCAAUGAGAAUGAGAAACUAAACCCUACAAGUAAUACCUCAUAUAGUUUAGAAAAAAACUCCAGUCUGGCCCCUCCUGGCGUGGAAUAUUGCGUUUUACUCUUCUGUUGUUGUAUUUGUGGUUUCGAGUCUACCAGCAAAGAAAAUCUUUUGGAUCAUAUGAAGGAGCAUGAGGGUGAAAUUGUAAACAUCAUCCUAAAUAAGGACCACAACACAACUCUAAACACAAAUUAGGUGGAAUAGUUAUCUGAAGAGGAAAACAGCAGAAGAGGAAUCCUUUAAACCACAGUUUGCCCUUUGUGCUGUCCAGUAACUUACUAGGCACAGAAGAAAUAGUUGGUGUGAUUUUUGAAGAAAUGACAGAUGUGACUUUGGAACAAAAUUUGUAAUGUAAUAAAAGGAAUUCCAAAUGGAUAAGGGGUAAUAAUAUUUAAGCGUUUUGAGUGAGGAGAAGUGGGUUGAGGAGGCAGCAAAGAUGUACUCUCAUAAUAACCCUCUGUUACCUCUUAGUUUGAGUGUAUUUAUUAUUAAAAGCUUGUUAUAGUGUAGAAAUGCAAGCAAAAGAGUUAAGAAAGGGCUUUUCAGGAACUAUUCUAAAACUUACUGUUAUGAAAGUGUCACAAUCUUAAGCGGAGCUUAAGAUUUUUCAUUCUCAAUUUUGACAUGAAUGACAACCCUCUUGUGAGAAAUGGGAGGCACGUGUCUGAGGGUUUUCUGGUAUCAACAAGGAAAGAAAAGAUCAUUACAGGGCUUUGAGAUGAUCAACCUAAAUCUUUAGCCAGAUUGAUAGGAACAAAUCAUAUACUCAACCUGAGAUAUAUUACUUUACUCUUUAGAAAGAAAAAAAAGAAAAGAGACCUCUAAAUCCAAAUCUAGAUUGUAAAUAGGCGUUUACAAAGUAAAUUAUUGUCUCAAAUUUACAGUGAAUGUCUUGUGGGCAAAGGAGGAAAGAGGUGAAUUCCCACCAGCCUCAAACCAAAUCUCAAGGUUCAUAAAAAAGGUGACUGGUUGAGCACAGUGCACUUCUCAGAGGUUCUUUUCAGAGUGUUGAUGGAAUACCCCAGCUUCUCAGUAGUUACAUAGGCCUUCUAAUCCACUCUUCUAAACUAGACCGAGCUUGUUGUCUAAAAACAACAAAGUAGGAAAAAUUGCAUUUGCUCAUCAGACCUCGGAAGUAGUUUGAACUGUUAAAUAAAAAUCAUUUGUGGGAAGAGGAAUGAAAUUCAAAAGCCCCUUAAAAUGAGUACUACUAUUGAGAUUUUACUUCCUGGAGCUUUUUAUUUAGUUAUUCUUAGCAUAAGAGAUACAACCAAAUGUGGCUAAAAUAUAGUAAAAAUUCAGGUUGUUUAUAAAACGUUUAAUAACAAACAAAAACUAUUUGGGUUUCUCCUAUCCAGGAAAUUGUAUUUUGUUGGUGUGCAAUAGGACACAUGGGAAGCCAACUAAAACUCGCCAUCAAAUAGAUGUAAUCUUCUCAUUAAUUACGCAUUUGUAUUACAGUGCAUUUCAAAGAGUGAAGAGAACGGGGGUUUUUUGGUUUUGCUUUUGUAGUUGUGAUCAUUUACGUAUGCAUUGUUCUGUUAAUGUCAGUUCUGCCUACAAGUCAAAAGGCGGCCGGUGCACCAUGCGGUGCACCGUCUUCACGGUGCUCUUUCUGAACUUGACUCUAACAUCUUCUAGAGCUGAGGCUGUGACUCUCAUAAAGCUUAGAAAACAUCAAAAACAGAAUUUCUUGAAUAGGAUACUCUGUAGACACAUUUUAGGAAAGAAUUCUCUUCCCAAAGUCCAGGUAUGAAUCGAAUGAAUUAACAUUUUUCAGAUAGCAUUAGGAACUAUUUAAGUGGGGCCAAGUAACCUGAAAUACUGUCUGAUUUGCGUGGGGUUUUUUUGUGUUUUUUUUUUUUUUGAUUUGCUUUUUAAAAUCUAAUUUGAUGAUGAUAUUUGAACAAACAGAGUUGAUUGUAAGUUUGCAACUCUUUAAUUUACAUAGCUUUAGUUUAUUUGUGAAAGUUAAUCCACUUCUGAUAUCUGGUUUUUAAAAGAGAAAAUGGAUUCAUAUAUACUAAACUAUAUCCCCCAAAUCCACAUGUAGUGGGUUUUCUCAUUUUCUCCUGUUUUCAGAAUUAAAACACAGUUGUAUUUCAUUUCAAAUUCAAAAAUAAACUAAAAUAUUUUAAAUGGUUCCAUUAUUACUAUAUUGUUCCCACUUAGUUUUUUCAUUACUGGUAGCUCUGACUCAAUGUUUCUUUAUAAAAAUCUAUUAUUCUGAAAAUUAACAACCUUAGAAGAGUUUUUGUUUUAUAAAUUUUCCUUGGCUUUAAUUUUAUAUAAUCAUUUGGAAAAUACUAAUAACCAAAAAACAUUCCCAAAAUUUCAACAGUGUAUUUUUAAAUUAACUUUCUUCAUUUCCUUAAACUACUUCCAUUGAUUGUUACUUAAAUUUUCCAUUUGGAAUCAUGAAUUUAAAAUUUCCCUAGCUCAUGGGAAAAAAUUAACCCAGAAGUUCAAAAGUCUUUAAAUAUUCAUCUGCUUCCAGCCUAAAAUAUCUUCAAAAGCUUUCUCUUGGCCUAUAGGAGGAACCAUAUACCAAGGAUGUUGUGUACCUUCCCAUUAUGGUUUUGUGGCAAGCCUUAAGUUAACCCUCCCCACUAAGAACAAUUGAAUAUGAUGAAGACUAAAUAUGCAAUUUUAAUUAUAGAAUAUAUAUUUUAAAAAUCAGCAGGAAUUCCCUUUAUAGGAAUAACAUUUACUGGUACUAGAUCUUUUGCCAUGUAAAGCUCAGUAUUUGUUUUCCACUCUGAACACUUACAAUUCUAAGAUUUGACAGUGAAAAUAGUUUCUAAAACACUUACUGGAUAAGGCAAAGGUGGGGAGGGGGAAGAUGAUGCAUUCUGAUCAUUAUAAAUAAUACUUUUUCAGGGCUCUAUCAUUUUCUCUCUUUCUCUAAUAAUCCAGAAUGUGGUCGGUAUCCCCAGUGUUCUAACAGUACCAUGCCUGUAUUCCAGGUGACCUGUAGACUUCAAGUUCUGUGUCCAGCCAGUGCAGUGUAGUGACACUGACGGAAGCCUUUAUUCUAGAUCUUUCAUCUAUUUGAGGUAGCUAUCAGUGGCUUUGUUAUUAUUUUCUUUGUCUUUUCUCACAAAGCAAAUGGUGGGCACCUAUGUUUACAUUGUAUCUUCCUGCAGUGUACUUGGCUUGACAAAGACAAGCAGGCUUCUCUUUUGAGACUUAUUAUAUUUUUAGUUUUCAUAGACACUUAUUUAAUCUUUUUUUAUUGUACAGCAAGGUGCUCUAAGUAAUAUUCUAUAAAAUAUAUUUAAUAGAGAUUUGAGUUUGAUAUUCAUGGACAUGAAUACAUGUAUUUUUUUAAGAAAUAAGUAUUGUGUAACACUAUGGCAUUGCUUCUAUAGCCAAAGUCUAAAAAUUUCUGGAACACUGACAUGUAAAGACUACAGUUAAUUCUGACACUGUAUCUUAUUAAAAUAGGAUGAUUUGCAUUUUGUAAAAUUAUCCUGCACAUCAAGCUGCAUGCCUUAACGCCUAAAACUCUAGGAUUGUUUUCAUGGUAGAACAGUUCAUCUGUUCAACAAACAGUGAAGCAAGGUCUUAGCGCUUCUUUAACUACCUUUGGAAAUACUGUACAAUGUUAGAAUAAUUUAUUUUGCUUUACAGAAGUUUGUCAUGUAUUGACUUUAAUAUUGUAUUUUGGUAAUAAAUUUUUUGUUAAAAACACUUGCCUCUAAGUUUUAUUAACAAAAAGUUAUAUCCAUUCUUAUUUUGGAAAUGUUGAUUUAAUCACUUGGAAAUUUGGAUUUAAAUAAUGAAGAACUUCCCCAGGCUUAAACUAAGGCUUAUGAUUACCCUUUGGUAACAUGUUAAACUAUUGAUGACUAGCAUUAAACUGUGUUACACAAAGGUAAUUGAAAAAGCAUUUAGAUUGUUUUAAUCUUCUUAAAAAUUC